AUGGCGACACCCUACAAGGCCCUUCUCUCAUCAGUGGCCAUGGCUGCUGUCUCCUCCAAGACCCACCUCCCGGUUAUGCCCCUCAGUGCCUUAUCUGAAGUCCUCCCCCCUUCCUUGCAUCUGCGGGAGAACGCCACCAGCAGCAGGGCCAAGCAGAGGAAUCGGAGCUGGAGGUCGGCGGCUAUGGCGGUGGCCGUAGCUGGAACCAGUGGGGUUGAGACAGCUGCCGCUGAGAAACCUGCGGUUUCUCAGUCUGCUGGGAAGAAGCUCCGCAUCCUCGUAGCUGGCGGCGGGAUCGGAGGUUUGGUGUUUGCUUUGGCUGCUCAGAGAAAAGGGUUCGAUGUGAUGGUGUUUGAGAGGGAUCUGAGUGCAAUUAGAGGGGAGGGGCAGUACAGGGGACCGAUUCAGAUACAGAGCAACGCAUUGGCGGCCAUGGAGGCCAUUGAUUUGAAGGUUGCAGAGGAGAUUAUGAAUACCGGAUGCAUCACCGGUGACAGGAUCAAUGGCCUUGUGGAUGGCAUCUCCGGCUCAUGGUAUGCAGUUUUUUGCUCUCUAAUCUCAGUUUUCCACUUCCGAUUACUCGAUUUAGAAAAUAAAAUGUGCGUUAUCGAUCGUGUUUUAUGUCUUGCGAAUGCAUCGAAAUUACUACUCCCAUUGGUUUGGGAUACCUUCUGUUCUUUAAACUAUAUUGAAGGAGCAGAAUAUUUGGAUGGUAAAUAAAAAAAAUCUGAUCUGGGUUAAGUUACCCAAUAAAAAGUGGGAUUUUGAGAGGAUUGAAUUGGAUCAACUACAUAAAUCACCUUCCUCGGCAAAUGGGAACAGGUUUAACUAAACCGGCAAGUCAGAACCCAUAUAUAUAUAUAUAUAUAUAUAUGUACAUUAUCCUCAGAAAAUUUAUACAAAGUUUUUCCAUUCAGCUUGGAAAAUUAUCAUUGCUACAGAAUGGAAAUGGGUGCGGAUAUUUGCUCCAUUAUUUUUAUUUAUUUAUGUUCUUGUCAUUCUCUGUCUGAAUAUCUUUGCGAGGUGAGCAGACUUCAUCUAUCUUCUGUGUGCGUGUUCAUCACUUGCUGUUUAUUCUGUUGACGGUUGCUCAGGCUCAUUUUCCCUUUACAAUCUUCUUUUCAUGUGAAAUGUGGAUCUUUUUCCCAUGGUCUUAGUUACAAGACGAAUCGUUUUGAGGUUUGGAAUGCUAUUAUCCUGAGAGGCAUAGUGGUUUGAAAACAAGCUUUUUAGGCAUCUCCUUAUGAAAAUGGUGGCAGAAGAUUUUCUAUGAGAUUAUUAUGCAUGAAAAUUACCGUCAGAAUCUCACAUAAACCAGAAUCCUGUAUGAAAUUAGGCCCAUUUUCACAACUGUCAGGCUGAUUAUAUCAUUAGGAAAAUAAUACCUCCCAGGCCGUUUUUGGUUUUUUAUUUUAUUUUUUUAUUUUUAUUUUGUCUGGGACUCAUAUAUGGGUUGUAGGGUAUUAUCACUCUUUUGGAUUGAAAAGGGUUUUUUUAAUUAUUAUUUUUAGGGCAAACUUUCUCUGUCUUUCCAAAGUAUCUGUUGUGAAGCAAUUCUUUCUGGUGUUCAGGUACAUCAAGUUUGACACAUUCACUCCUGCCGCAGAACGGGGUCUGCCCGUUACCAGGGUCAUCAGUCGUAUGACCCUUCAAGAAAUAUUAGCUCGAGCUGUUGGUGAAGAUGCUAUUUUGAAUGAUAGCAACGUUGUUGAUUUUGUAGAUGAUGGAUCCAAGGUCUCUACCACCCCCCACCUCCUCUUUCAAUAUAUUUAUAUAUAUAUAUAUAGAUAUAAUUUUCUGUGUACAGAAAUUUAUUUUUAAACAUAUUCUUGGGUUCAUUCUUAUAUUCGUUGUUAUAUGACCAGGUAACAGUGAAACUUGAGAAUGGACAGACAUAUGAAGGUGAUCUUCUCAUUGGAGCAGAUGGUAUAAGAUCCAAGGUGAUAUCUACAUAUUAUAUAUGUAUAUAUAUAAAUAUAUCUAUUAUUUUCAAUAACUUACCUUUUAUUGGUGGGUAGGUCCGGAGGAUCUUGCUUGGUCCAACAGAGGCUUCCUAUUCAGGAUACACCUGCUACAGUGGUAUUGCAGAUUUUGUACCUCCUGAUAUUGAAACUGUUGGGUAUGGCUAACUGGCUUGCAGAAAACUCUUACCCUUUUUUCUACAUAGCUUCCAAAUAUAUCUAAUCCAAGGUUCUCUUCAGAUAUAACAUAACUUGUUCGCCAUCAUUUGCCUCCCCAUAGUUUUCUAGGGUUUAAUUUACACUUCAAUCAUCCUCUGCAGUUUAUUUUCUCAUUCAUGGUUCUUCUCUGAUGAAGGUACCGAGUUUUCCUUGGUCACAAACAGUACUUCGUUUCAUCAGAUGUUGGCGCCGGAAAAAUGCAGUGGUAUGCAUUUCAUGCAGAAUCUCCCGGCGGUACCGACGCUCCAGAUGGUACAUUCCACUGCUAUUUCUCUCUCUCUCUCUCUCUCUCUCUCUCUAAUCGAGGGUUUAUUUCCUGUACAACAAGAUUUCAUGUUCCAUUUCUUUUCCAAUAAUUGUUGCCUUUUAUUCUUACUUAUAUUACAUAUAAAGUACUUUCAAUUCACUCUUUAUGAAUAUUUUUUCCAAUUAAUCAAAUAUUUUUCUGAUGCUCAUCGUUUUUUAAAAAAAAUAAUAUUUUCUUAGAUAGUAGUGUGAAAUAACCCACUGAUGAUCAGUUAUAAGAUGGAGAGCAGCAGCCAUCAUGUUUCUUGAUAUUUUGGCAGGAAAAAAGGAAAGAUUGCUUAAAAUAUUUGGAGACUGGUGUGAUAAUGUGGUUGAUUUACUGAAUGCAACGGAUGAGGAAGCAAUUCUUCGCCGUGAUAUAUAUGAUAAAGUUCCCAUUUUAAACUGGGGGAAAGGUCGAGUAACCUUGCUUGGGGACUCUGUUCAUGCUAUGCAGCCAAACAUGGGCCAAGGUGGUUGCAUGGCUAUUGAGGUAUGCUGUGGCUGUUCUUAUACAUUUUCUAUUGCUACAAUAUUGGAGAAAAUCUUGGUAUGAUUAGCUGAUUUUUCUCGAAUGUGAUGUGGGUUUUGACCCUUUCUCCGAGUUCUUUCCUCUGAUUGACCAACCUCCACCGUUGAUCUUAUCAGCCCCACCCAUCCAGACAACCUUAUGACAUGUUUGUGGUCUUGUAGGAUGGCUAUCAGCUCGCUUUGGAGCUUGAAAAAGCAUGCAAGGACAGUGCUGAAUCUGGCGCUCCCAUUGAUAUUCCUUCUUCCUUAAAACGGUAAGCUUCCGUGGUUCCAGAUAUGAAAUUUUUUUUUCUGAAUGGGGAAGUCAAACGCUGGGGAGAAAUCUUGGUGUUUGACCAGGGAAGUAUGACUUUAAGAACUUUAGAAGAUCAAAUGCCAUCUAUAUAUUUAUAUAUAUUUCCCAGGUAUGAGAAAGAGAGAAGAAUACGCGUUGCAAUCAUAUAUGGAAUGGCUAGAAUGGCUGCGAUCAUGGCUUCAACCUACAGACCGUAUUUGGGUGUGGGUCUCGGGCCAUUAUCGGUACGAUGCUCUCGUGAUGCUGGCUUUUACCCAGGUUUAAUCAAGAUUUUUGUGAUAAAAUCCCUCACCUUUGUUGUUCUUAUUUGUCUCUGCCUCCAUGCACAGUUCUUGGUCAACCUGCGGAUACCACACCCUGGAAGAGUGGGUGGAAGAUUUUUCAUCAAGAUUUUCAUGCCGCUGAUGUUGAAUUGGGUACUCGGUGGAAACAGGUGUGACCCUUCAAAGUCUUAUAUGUAUCUUGAUUUUCUUUUAUUUAGUUAUAUAUAUAUAUAUAUAUAUAUAUGUGUGUGUCUAGACUUGUCUGCUGGGUCUGAACAGCCCUUCAAUCUAGUUUCUAUUUUUUGUGAUCCGAUUCCUGAUGAAAAAAAUUGAUAAAAUAAUGCCUGCUUCAGGUAUUUAGAACAGCCCUUCAAUCUAGUUUCCAUUUUUUAUAAUCUAAUUCCUGAUGAAAAAAAUUGAUAAAAUAAUGCCUGCUUCGGGUAUUUAGAACAGCCCUUCAAUCUAGUUUCCAUUUUUUAUAAUCUAAUUCCUGAUGAAAAUUGAUAAAUUAAUGCCUGCUUCAGAUGCUUAGAACAGUCCUUCAAUCUAGUUUCCAAUUUUUGUGAUCUAAUUCCUGAUGAAAAUUAAUAAAGUAAUGCCUGCUUCAGGUACUUAGAACAGCCUUGUGGGGUGAUUAAGUUAGGCUGGAGACUAGUGACAAUAAUGAAAAAUAAAAUAAAAUCAUUUCCUUGUUCCUCAUGCAACCUUGGAAAAAAAAAUCAAUAAAUGUCUGUGAAUAUGCUCAAGCUGCUCUGAUUCGACGAUAUUUUCCUAGUGGACUGAUUUUUAUUGACUCUAAAUUUUUUCACAUUGGAAUGAAAAAUAACCUGGUUUCCUUUCCUUGCAGCUCAAAACUUGAAGGGAGAUCAUUAUCCUGUCGGCUAUCUGAUAAAGUACGUUUCUAAGAAUGUUAGAAUGUAGUAAAACAGUUCCACUUCCAUAGAUGCAUGAAUUGCCUUUUCAACAAGCUACUGAAAUUAAAAAUAAUAAUAAUAAUAAUAAUAAUAAUAAUAAUAAAUCUCACCGACAUGUGUUCUUCAUUGAAGGCGAGCAGCCAGCUGCGGAGAUGGUUUGAAGAUGAUGAUGCUUUGGAGCGGGCUCUCUCUGGAGAGUAUGAUCCAAACCUAUCCAUUCAUCGCGAAUUUCUUCUUGGCAAGCUUCAUCUUUGUGCAGUGAGCUGAGAAAAAAAAACUCUUUCGCUGUAGGUGGUAUCUUGUGCCGCUGGAGAAUGAUGCUGCAAGCACAUUACAGCCUAUUCAUUUGAGUAAGGAUGUGCACAGGCCCUUCACCAUCGGGUAUGUUAUAAUCCCUAAAAUAAUAGUUUUACGACCACUGUUGCUGUUGUAGUUAGGGGUGUCAAUCACAGGGUUGAGGAGAGAGAGAGAGAGAGGGAGAGAGAGAGAGAGAGAGAGAGAGAUGACGGGAGGGAGGGGAGGGGGGGGGUAUGGCUUCAAGCAAGCAUCCUGGAAUAGUCCCAUAUUGGUUAGUUACUGCAGAAAAAAGAACCUAAAAACAAUUAUGUGCCUAAGGUUACCUAAAAACAAUUAUGUCCCAUAGCAUCAGAGCUCUUCCCAUUGAUUAUUUUUACAAAUGGUCAUAUUGUUGAUUUAGGAAGAGUCAUCAUUUAUGACUGACCCAAUUAUGGAAAAACUGUUGAAUAAAGAUUUAUGGAAUUGAUGAGGAUGAUCAAUAUUUAUAUAGUACAAAAUUUAUUGAAUGUUUCCUUGUGGGCUUUGCCAAUGGUCUCGUUGAUUUUGACUAUAUUUCACUCUAGUCAUGAUUUCAAGGCUGACCUAGUUAUUGAAAAAGUGCGGUCUGGGACUGGCUUCUCCAAGCUUAGAUGGCUAGCUGUUACCCCUCCUUGUAUUCUUAUUUAACAGAUCAUACUCUUGUGGGUUUUUGCAGGAGCUCUCAGACUGGUGCUUCUGCAGUGUCAGUGGCCAUUCCUUCACCGCAGGUAUGGCAUCCUUGGGCUAUUUCUGUCAACGUUUUAGGAUUCAGUACUACUCCAAGAAAGAGGGAAACCUCGGUUGAUAGUAGAGAAGUUUAUUACCGUUUCGGGAUAGAUUCACCAAAAGAUUGUACUGCAUAAAAGGUUACUAAGAAUAACAGAAAAAAUAUAAAAAAAGACUACUUGGCAUUAAGGGUUCUGGUUUGAUUUGGCCGUAUAACUUGUCACUAGACAUGAAUAAAAUCCAUGAGGACGACCAAUCUAUAUAUAUAUAUAUAUAGAUAGAUAGAUAGAUGAAAAUUUUAUUCUAGCUAGAGAAUCUUUUUAGAUCUUGAUCUAAACUAUGAAGUUGUUCUUGUGGGCAUUAACUGGUUUGUUGACUGACUUUUCCUUUCAGGUGGCCGAAGCCCACGCUCAGAUUCACUGCAAGGACAAUGCGUUCUACGUGACGGACAUGAGCAGUCAACACGGGACAUGGAUCACAGAGUAAGAUUUGAAAAUAUUAAACAGCCGCCAUUUUUUUUUAUUUUAACUGAGAUUCCAGAACGAGAAAAACAAUUCCGUUUUUCUCUGUCCAUGCAGUAAUGAAGGAAGGCGUCACCGGGCUCCCUCAAACUUUCCUGUUAGACUCCACCCUUCCUAUGUGGUUGAAUUUGGCUCGGACAAGAAGGUAUUCCUCAUGAUCCUACGAUCCUCUCGACUAUGAGAGAUCAAUACCACCUUAAAAAUUGCUUACUCUCUUAGAAGAUUUUUCCAAAAGAUAAUUCUCUAUUCAUUCCUUCAGUCAAAAAUUUAGGGAUCUUCUAUGUUUAUCUUCAUGGAAUCAGACUGAAACUUGAAAACAUUUUUUUUCUAGAUAACUAUUGGUAAUCAUGUUUUUAUGCAUAUGUCCCAUGUAUCAAAACUUUAGAUUUAUUUGAUGUGGGAAUAUCAGAGCAUUAUAUUUUUCCAAUCUGAUUGUGAUCGGCAGUAAUGAUCUAAUUGCUUUGACUAAAUUUUUUGCUCAAUCCAACCCGACCAGCUGGAUUCCUGACCAUAUCUUAAGCUCCCGACUAGUCAAUUCAGUCUUCAGGGUCAGCUUCAUCGGUGCCCAAUCUACACUGUUUGAUAGUCCUGAGGCCACUGAGUCAGUGAGGAAACUAAUUCUUUUGAACACUAGCACUUCCCUAAGUUAUUUCUUCUUGUUUGAGCUCAUCUAUCCAACUGAUUUCUCGUUAAAAAAAGACUAGCAUAGUCUUGUCUAACCUCACACAUCUCACUGGUCUCUCCAACGACCACAGGCGGCGUAUCGUGUGAAGGUGAUGAAGACUCUUCCAGAAAGAUCAACAAGUGGAUGGGAGCAAGCUGUCCCAGCCGUCUGA